CACAUAAGCCGCCAUCCAGCAGGGCCUUGGGCCAGCCCCACCCUCUCCCACUGCCCCACUCUGGGAGGCCAGGGAACAGUUCACAACUUUGCAAUGACCAGCUGCAGGGAUCCUGGCGGGCCCUGGAUGGCUGAAGAAGCCCCCAAGGACCCCUCAAAGCCCAUCGGUGCCUGGGAGGAGACGAAACCUCCCCAAUGGAAGAGUUGGCAAAAGAGCCCACAGCAGAAGCAGGAGCUGUGUGUGCCUCAGCCCUUCCAUGCCGAUUCACCAGCCUACUGUAACGCCUGCUUGAUGAGGCUAGACUCGGAGGAGAAAGAGGCUCUGGAUUACAUCGAAGCCUUUCUCACGAGCAAUGAACAGGACGAGGCCAAGAAACUCAAGUUCUUGGAUUCCAUCAGCACCCUCAGAAGCCUGCCUGCUUUUAUGAACAAAGCCCUGCUAGUGGAGAAGAUAAAGGAGCUGAUUGAUCAUGAGUCCGUCGACUCCCUGACCGGCGUGAUGCGUCAGCAAGCUAUGCUCGCCAUCAUGAAGCUGAGCAAAAUGAAGCUACCGGUGCGGAUCCUGACACAACCCAGCCUGCUCGCUACCUGCUUCUCCAGCAUCUUCUCCCUGCCUCCAGCACACACCAUGGAGGAGGUGGAGGCUGCUCUCUACACCAAAACUUUGAAAACCAUGGAUGAGAUGCUGAAGGCCUUGGUGUGCGAGGAUCAGGAGCCCAACCUUCUGGUGCUGCAAAUCAUCUUGAAGGAAGUGGAGGAGUUCAGAGUCCUGGGCCAGCUGGUGGGGUGUCUCACUCUGUGCUGUGUGGAGCAGGAGCAGGAGAUCUGGCAAUCGGCUGUGGAGGGACUUCACCACCUCUUCUCCUUCAUGCAGCUGCUAAAAUCCAAAAUGCUGGUGAAGCACGGCGCAGAGUAUCGGCAGAUCCUCAAGGACAGUCAAACUGAGAGAGCCUUCUGGGUCACCAACAUCAGCAAUAUCACAUCGCUGUUUGGGAAGUACUUCAACCCAUCCGAGAGCAUGGACUUCCUCCUCGUUGCUAUCGACGGCGUGAGAGACUCCAGCGUCCAUGACGCAGUGUGA